CAAUAUGGUUGAGCAAACAGGAGUAGCCGUAUCAGACCACGAGAUACAUAUCAAGUAUGAAGAUCAAGAGAAGAUCAACCAAUUUGCCAGAUACAACAACAAGUUACUCGAAAUCAAGGACGACUUAACUGCCAAGAGCAAACAGCUGCAGAACCUGACAGACGCAGCUCAGGACGUCGAGGAACUAGAACUAUCUGAAGAUUCUUUCCCCUUCCAGCUAGGAGAGGUAUUUGUAGAAAUGACAGCAGAACAAACCAACAACAUGAUAACAACCUACAAGGCCAAGAUAGAUAAAGAUAUGCAGGCACUCAAAGACAAAUCAGCCGAUAUUGAGACCAAUAUGAAGGAACUGAAAUCAGAGCUGUACGGUAAAUUUGGUAGUGCUAUUAACUUGGAGUACGACUAAAUUACCGGGAAGUAUUUGAGUUUUUGUAUAUAAAUCUGGUAUUUGUAUUUGAAUUCCGAGGUCUGGAAUGUUGCUCAGAACAUCCGAGCAUUAUUAUUAGGUUUUAUUGCCUAAAUAGCGGAAUAGAUGCUCACUCAUUUCUUCUUAAUUUAUGUACAUUUGUUUAUCUUUAGCAGUAUUUGUAUAA